AAAGUACAUUAAUCCAAGUUUAUUUCCUUCCCUCUACCCAUCCUUUUGAUAGAUAUUAAAUUUGCUCGAAAAUCGUUUUUAAGAUUUCGUAGUUACAUAUAUAUAUUCAAAUCAACUCUAUAUAGUAUAUUCAAAGUUUAGUUUCUAAAAUGAUUGGCUUCGCAUCACGUAAUUCUCUUGCCUGUGCCAUUGUUCUGACACUCCAAGCACAAGUCGGCCUUGUUCUAGCACAAUCUUCAUCUGGAGGAUAUGUUUCCCCAACCACCACAACUGUUGCCCCGACCACGACUACUGUAGCUGGAUACGUUUCCCCAACCACCACAACUGUCGCGCCGACCACGACUACUGUAGCUGGAUACGUUUCCCCAACCACCACAACUGUCGCGCCGACCACGACUACUGUAGCUGGAUAUGUUUCCCCAACCACGACGGUUCCCGCAAACACCACAACUACUGUAGGAGGAUACGUGUCGCCAACCACAGCGGUCGUCUCGAGUCCUUCACCAAUAGGCUAUGGAACUACCACUAUGAUUAUCCCAUCCAGCGCCACAAUGCCUGGUGGUUACGUGUCACCAACACCUCCAACGCCUACUGGUGGAUAUAACAGUCCUACUGUUAGCGUCACAGUGGUCAGCACACCGAUUAUCACUCCAAUGCCCACUCCUAGUGUUACACCUCAAGGAACUACACCUGGAGCAACCACCCCAGCCCCAACUAGUACUACCACUGCCCAUACUUCUAGCGCAGGUUUGUCUGGAAAUAGUCAACCUGUAUCCUUGAUGAUUGCACUAGCAAUCUUUACCACUCUCUUCACGCUAUUAUAAGUGCAUCGCUUGGAGUAGUUUGACUUGUAGUGAUUUAAACCAUUGGCUUUAGUUCCAUGCCAGAUUUUAACGUAGUUUAGUUUCCCUUCCUGACAGCCUUAACCGACUGUCACUUUCUCUUCUCAUAUAUUUUUAAGUGUUGAUAUUGGGUCCUGAUGUCCAUGUUUCUUUGGAAGCAUCUGCCCAAGGUUGGCCUUGGAGAAAGUUUAAAAAUAAAACCCAAUUCAAAUUC